GAGGGGGCGCGAGAGAGCAAGUGGGCGGGCGUCCCAUCCUCCGCAUCCUCCUCCAAGUCCUGGCGCGCAGGGAGGGAGCGCUGCGCUGCGCCGGGCUGCGCAUCGCGGCCCACUUGCCGCCUGUCCCCUGCCCUGGCUGGGCCACCUCCCCGGGCUGCCGGUGGAGGGCUUCGAGGCGCUAACGUUACGCUGUUUCCGGUUUUCCAGAGGGCUCUGUUUCCCCUCCCAAGGCGGCGGCGGCUGAGCGGCGGAGCCCCCCAAAUGGCCUGGCCAGAUGCGGCAGGUUUGCUGCUCAGCGCUGCCGCCGCCACUGGAGAAGGCUCGGUGCAGCAGCUACAGCUACAGCGACAGCGACAGCAGCAGCAGCAGCAGCAGAAGCAGCAGCAGCAGCAGCAGCAGCAGCAGCAGCGAGAGCAGCGGCAGCAAGAGCAACAGCGGCAGCAGCAGCAUCUUCCGUCCCGCUGCGCCCCCAGAGCCGCGGCCGCAGCCACAGCCGCAGCCCCGCAGCCCCGCAACCCCGAGAGCCGCCGCCCGCUCGCGAGCCGCAGCCGCCGGCGGCAUGAGGCGCGACCCGGCCCCCGGCUUCUCGAUGCUGCUCUUCGGUGUGUCGCUCGCCUGCUACUCGCCCAGCCUCAAGUCGGUGCAGGACCAGGCGUACAAGGCACCCGUGGUGGUGGAGGGCAAGGUACAGGGACUGGCCCCGGCAGGCGGCUCCAGCUCUAACAGCACCCGCGAGCCGCCCGCCUCGGGUCGGGUGGCGCUGGUGAAGGUGCUGGACAAGUGGCCGCUCCGGAGCGGGGGGCUGCAGCGCGAGCAGGUGAUCAGCGUGGGCUCCUGUGUGCCGCUCGAAAGGAACCAGCGCUACAUCUUUUUCCUGGAGCCCACUGAGCAGCCCUUAGUUUUUAAGACGGCCUUUGCCCCGGUCGACCCUAACGGCAAAAACAUCAAGAAAGAGGUGGGCAAGAUCCUGUGCACUGACUGCGCCACCCGGCCCAAGCUGAAGAAGAUGAAGAGCCAGACAGGAGAGGUGGGUGAGAAGCAGUCGCUGAAGUGUGAGGCAGCGGCGGGGAACCCCCAGCCCUCCUACCGCUGGUUCAAGGACGGCAAGGAGCUCAACCGAAGUCGUGACAUCCGUAUCAAGUACGGCAAUGGCAGAAAGAACUCACGACUGCAGUUCAACAAGGUGAAGUUGGAAGAUGCCGGGGAGUAUGUCUGUGAGGCUGAGAACAUCCUUGGGAAGGACACCGUGAGGGGCCGGCUCCAUGUGAACAGCGAGGCUGAGGAGCUGUACCAGAAGAGAGUCCUGACAAUUACUGGCAUCUGUGUGGCUCUGCUGGUCGUGGGCAUCGUCUGUGUGGUCGCCUACUGCAAGACCAAAAAACAGCGGAGGCAGAUGCAUAACCAUCUCCGGCAGAACAUGUGUCCAGCCCACCAGAACCGGAGCUUGGCCAAUGGGCCCAGCCACCCUCGGCUGGACCCUGAGGAGAUCCAGAUGGCAGAUUACAUCUCCAAAAAUGUGCCGGCCACAGACCACGUGAUCCGGAGGGAAACUGAGACCACGUUCUCUGGGAGUCACUCCUGCUCACCUUCUCACCACUGCUCCACGGCCACGCCCACCUCCAGCCACAGACAUGAGAGCCACACGUGGAGCCUGGAACGUUCGGAGAGCCUGACCUCGGAUUCCCAGUCAGGCAUCAUGCUGUCGUCGGUGGGCACCAGCAAGUGCAACAGUCCGGCAUGUGUGGAGGCACGGGCGCGGAGGGCGGCAGCCUACAGCCAGGAGGAGCGGCGCAGGGCUGCCAUGCCGCCCUACCACGACUCCAUAGACUCCCUGCGAGACUCUCCACACAGUGAGAGGUACGUGUCGGCCCUGACCACGCCCGCGCGCCUCUCGCCCGUGGACUUCCACUACUCGCUGGCCACGCAGGUGCCCACUUUCGAGAUCACGUCGCCCAACUCUGCGCACGCCGUGUCGCUGCCGCCCGCCGCGCCCAUCAGCUACCGCCUGGCGGAGCAGCAGCCGCUCCUGCGGCACCCGGCGCCGCCCGGCCCUGGGCCGGGGUCCGGCGCGGACAUGCAGCGCAGUUACGACAGCUACUACUACCCCGCGGCGGGGCCCGGACCGCGGCGCAGCGCCUGCGCGCUGGGCGGCAGCUUGGGCAGCCUGCCCGCCAGCCCCUUCCGCAUCCCGGAGGACGACGAGUACGAGACCACGCAGGAGUGCGCGCCGCCGCCGCCGCCGCCGCCGCGGCCGCGCACGCGCGGCGCGUCCCGCAGGACGUCAGCGGGGCCGCGGCGCUGGCGGCGCUCGCGCCUCAACGGGUUGGCGGCGCAGCGCGCACGCGCGGCGCGGGACUCGCUGUCGUUGAGCAGCGGCUCGGGCUGCGGCUCGGCGUCGGCCUCGGACGACGACGCGGACGACGCGGACGGGGCGCUGGCGGCCGAGAGCACGCCUUUCCUCGGCCUGCGAGCGGCGCACGACGCGCUGCGCUCGGACUCGCCGCCGCUGUGCCCGGCGGCCGACAGCAGGACUUACUACUCCCUGGACAGCCACAGCACGCGCGCCAGCAGCAGACACAGCCGUGCGCCGCCCACGAGGGCCAAGCAGGACUCGGGGCCCCUCUAGGGUCCCCACCCCCGCCUCGCCCGCCCCAGGUCUCCAAGGAGAGCGGAGGCCACCGCCUGGAGA